AUGAUAUCAUUCGUAUGGUUUAAAAGUUUUCUUAAACUUGUGCACCUUAUUACGAGAUCAAUGUGGCUUAAACAUGCUCGAAGAGCGUCUAUCGAGAAACAAGUAGCAAAAUUUCUUCACAUAGUAAAACUUGAAGCUCCUGAAUGGAAAAACAAGCCAAUAUUAUUUUAUGAUAAAUUGACCAAACUUUUUGGAAAAGAUCAAACAACAGGAGAACAUGAAGAUACAUUUGCUGAAAUCAGAACAAAAAAGGCUGCAAAUGUUGAAAAAAGUUAUGGCAUAACCAUCAAAGAAAUAGAUCACCUAGUUGAAACCAAUGAAGUUAUUUUAGAGGGAUUUGAUGAUGAAAAACAUCAUUUUAACAAUUAUCUUAAAAGGUCUUAUGUUAUCAAUUCUCAAGAUGUAUCAUCGUCUAGAACUAAGAAACAAGUAAAGAAGAGCCCCGGAUUCUCACGCCGCUAUUGUUGUCUCCUCCUUCGAUUCCAGCUGUUAUAA